AUGGCUCCAGCUGCGUUUGAUGCCAACACACAACUCAACUAUGCUCGUCACAUCAAGUACUGGCGCCGCAACUUGAAGACGCUGCUGCCGCACUUCUACACCAGCAAUGACUCCAACCGCAUGCUUUUGGCCCUUUUCACUGUGUCUGCCCUCGACAUUUUGGGAGAUUUAGAUGCCGCUUUGUCAGCCGAGGAGCGACAAGGCCACAUUGAUUGGGUCUACAGUUGCCAGCUGCCUGAAGGAGGAUUCCGCCCAUGGCCAGGCUCCAACUACGGCCCUCUCAGAAGUGAAGAGAACAAAAACUGGGAUCCUGCCCACAUCCCUGGAACUUUCUUUGCCCUCCUCACGCUGGUCGUGCUGGGCGACGAUCUGGAGAAAGUGAAGAGAAAGGAGAUCCUGACAUGGCUGGUCAAGAUGCAACGACCGGAAGGCAGCUUUGGAGAGACUCUAGGCGAUGGCGACUUUGUUCAUGGCGGAAACGACUCUAGGUUCGGCUACAUGGCAACAGCCAUCCGGUGGAUACUUCGAGGCGACUUAGAGGGUCCUUGCGAAGGUGUACCGGACAUCGAUGUUGACAAGUUUGUCAACUGUGUUCGACAAGCAGAGUGCUACGACGGAGGUAUAUCAGAAGCACCCUUCCAUGAGGCACACGCUGGCUUCACCUGCUGCGCUAUCGCUGCUUUGCAUUUCGUGGGUCGUCUGCCUUUACCACCAUCCCAAAAACCGGACAGUCUCAUCCGUGGAGUGACUGAUGUCCCCAAAACCCUGCACUGGCUCGUCUCACGGCAGACUUUGACGCUAGACGAGGACGAUGGCUUAGAUACUUUGAACGACGAGACAGAUACAUCAGAAACGUGUCAUGACGCGCAUACUUUUGUCAAGUUGAGCUCCCGUCCGUCUGCACAAGCAAAAUCAAAUCUGAAAGGACGACCCCACAUUCAUUUUGAAUUGGAGUGGGUGGGAGUGAAUGGUAGAUGCAACAAGGUAGCAGAUACAUGCUACGCCUACUGGACCUCGACGCCCCUACAACUUCUUGGUCGUUUGGAUAUCAUCGAUCGGCAACCCAUCAGAAAAUGGUUGUUAGACAAAACGCAGCAUCUCGUUGGGGGUUUUGGCAAGGUCACCGGAGAUCCACCGGACAUGUAUCACUCUUUCCUGGGCCUCAUGGUCUUGGCUAUGUUUGGAGAGACUGGUCUUCAGGACGUUGACUCAGCGCUAUCCAUACCACACCCCGUCGUACGGUCAACAUUACACUCUACACACCUUUCAACUAUGAGGAAUUCGGCGCCGCCAUCAAAGAAACGCAAAAUUGCGGUCACAGCCCCCGAAAAGAUCGAGUUUGACUUCUCGGCGCGCGAAGAAUAUCUCACAGGCUUCCACAAGCGCAAACUUGCACGGAUAAAGCAUGCGCAAGAGGAGAAUGCCAAGAGGGAGAAAGAGGAAAAGCUGAGGUUCAGGCGUGAGCUCCGAGAACAGCGCAAAGUUGAUCUAGAGAAACACGUCGAAGAAGUAAACCGACUCGUCAAACAAGCAAAUGGAGAUCUGGACGACAUCAUUGCGGGCGAGACAUCCGGCGACGACGAUGACGAGGAAGAAUUCAAAGGCUUCCAAGAACCCGAACCCAUCAACCAGGAAGACGAGUACGUCGACGAAGACAAAUACACAACCGUCACCAUAGAAAGCGUAGGAAUAUCUAAAGCAGGCUUCUCGAGACCAGGAGAGGAGGACGAAGAGGCGGUGGCGAAGAGAAAGGCAGAAGAAGAAAGGAAAAAGGCGGAGGAGGAGGAGGCAGCGAGCAAGAAAAAGGUAUGGACAAAGGCGUGGCCGAAGAAUAGCGAGAGGCCAAAGAAGAAGAAGAAGAAGUUUAGGUAUGAGACUAAGACGGAGAGAAAGGCCGAGCGCAUGAAGCAAGGCUUGAAGAAGAGGAAGCAGAAGGAGGCUAGGACGGCGAAGUAA